GAACCCAGCAUGGAUGCCGGUACAAAAGCGCGAAGCUAGGCGCCUGCGGUUCGGCCUCUACCUCCAGCAGACGGGUCGCCCAGGUGAGCGGGAGCCCCGCGUGGGGCCUUCCACCGGCUUUCAGGGGUCUUGGGAGCAGGAGCCCGCGGCCCAGUGGGACCAGACGGGACUCCUCAGCGAUCCAGGCAAGCCGAACCGGGGCACACGCACAGCCCCGCCUACAUCGCCUCCACUGACACUCUCGCAACGUGGUGACGUAAUAUGCCUGAUAAGUAAGGGGCGGAGCCUCGAAACGCCACCGCCAACCACUAGCGCUCUAGCCGCGUGGUGUCGUCAUCAGUCCCCGACGUGCGGUGACGCCAUCGGGCCCGGACUUGCCGGCGGCUGGAAGGGCCUGCGGGCCGCGCCUCAGCCGGCUCGGAACUGAAUGCUUAGGCCGGGAAAGGCGGCGAAUUGAGGGGGAGCGGGAAGGGGCGGGGAGGUGGUGGCCGGAACAUGGCGGACCAGAUCCCUCUGUACCCGGUGCGCAGCGCGGCCGCGGCGGCCGUGGCCAACCGCAAACGCGCGGCCUACUACAGCGCCGUGGGGCCCGGGCCGGGGGCCGAGCGGCCCAGCAGGUACCAGCUGGAAGAUGAGUCUGCCCAUUUGGAUGAAAUGCCACUAAUGAUGUCUGAAGAAGGCUUUGAGAAUGACGAGAGUGAUUACCACACUUUGCCACGGGCCAGGGCCAUGCGGAGAAGACGAGGGCUGGGGUGGUUCGUCUGUGGAGGGUGGAAGUUCCUCUGCACCAGUUGCUGCGAUUGGCUGAUAAAUGUUUGUCAGAGAAAGAGAGAGCUGAGAGCUCGCACUGUGUGGCUUGGACAUCCUGAGAAGUGUGAAGAAAAACAUCCCAGAAAUUCCAUCAAAAAUCAAAAAUACAAUGUCUUUACCUUUCUACCUGGGGUUUUGUAUGAACAAUUCAAGUUUUUCUUGAAUCUCUAUUUUCUGGUAGUCUCCUGCUCCCAGUUUGUACCAGCAUUGAAAAUAGGCUAUCUCUACACCUACUGGGCUCCUCUGGGAUUUGUCUUGGCUGUUACUAUCAUGAGGGAAGCAAUGGAUGAAUUUCGGCGUUUUCAGCGAGACAAGGAAGUGAAUUCACAACUAUACAGCAAGCUCACAGUAAGAGGUAAAGUGCAAGUUCAGAGUUCAGACAUACAAGUUGGAGACCUCAUCAUAGUGGAAAAGAAUCAAAGAAUCCCAUCCGACAUGGUAUUUCUUAGGACUUCAGAAAAAGCAGGUUCAUGUUUUAUUCGAACGGAUCAACUAGAUGGCGAAACUGACUGGAAGCUGAGAGUGGCCGUAAGCUGCACACAGAGGCUGCCAGCUCUGGGGGACCUGUUUUCCAUCAGUGCUUAUGUCCAUGCUCAGAAGCCACAGCUGGAUAUUCACAGCUUUGAAGGCACAUUUACCAGGGAAGACAGUGAUCCACCCAUUCAUGAGAGUCUCAGCAUAGAAAAUACAUUGUGGGCAAGCACAGUUGUUGCAUCAGGUACUGUAAUAGGUGUUGUCAUUUAUACUGGAAAAGAGACUCGAAGUGUAAUGAACACAUCCAAUCCAAAAAAUAAGGUUGGUUUGUUGGACCUUGAGCUCAAUCAGCUGACCAAAGCGCUGUUUUUGGCGUUGGUUGCUCUCUCGGUUGUUAUGGUAACCUUACAAGGCUUUGUAGGCCCAUGGUACCGCAAUCUUUUUCGGUUCCUCCUCCUCUUUUCCUACAUCAUUCCCAUCAGUUUGCGUGUGAACUUGGACAUGGGCAAAGCAGCAUAUGGGUGGAUGAUGAUGAGGGAUGAGAACAUUCCUGGCACAGUUGUUCGGACCAGCACCAUCCCAGAGGAGCUGGGCCGCCUCGUGUACCUGCUGACGGAUAAGACAGGAACCCUCACUCAGAAUGAAAUGGUGUUUAAGCGGCUGCAUCUGGGCACUGUGUCCUACGGGACAGACACGAUGGAUGAGAUCCAGAGCCAUGUCAGGAGCUCCUACACACAGCUGCACUCUCAAGCUAGUGGAAACAAUACCAGUUCAACUCCACCAAGAAAAGCCCAGUCUUCAGGUCCCAAAGUUAGAAAGAGUGUGAGCAGCCGAGUUCACGAAGCAGUGACGGCCAUUGCGCUGUGCCACAACGUGACGCCGGUUUACGAGUCUCGAGCCGGCGUGACCGGGGAGACUGAGUACGCAGAGGUGGACCAAGACUUCAGCGAUGAGAACCGCACCUACCAGGCCUCCAGCCCAGAUGAGGUGGCUCUGGUGCAGUGGACGGAGAGCAUCGGCCUCACCCUGGUCAACAGAGACCUCACAUCCAUGCAAUUGAGGACGCCCGGCGGCCAGAUCCUGACCUACUGCGUCCUGCAGAUGUUCCCCUUCACGUCGGAGGGCAAGCGCAUGGGCAUCAUCGUCAGGGAUGAGUCCACGGCAGAAAUCACCUUCUACAUGAAAGGUGCUGAUGCUGUCAUGUCCACCAUCGUCCAGUAUAAUGACUGGCUAGAGGAAGAGUGUGGAAACAUGGCCCGCGAAGGUCUGCGCACCCUCGUGGUCGCGAAGAGGGCGCUCACGGAGGAGCAGUACCAGGACUUUGAGAGCCGCUACAUGCAGGCGAAGCUGAGUGUGCAUGACCGGGCGCUGAAGGUGGCUGCGGUGGUGGAGAGCCUGGAGCGGGAGAUGCAGCUGCUGUGCCUGACGGGGGUGGAGGACCGGCUGCAGGCUGACGUGCGGCCGACCCUGGAGAUGCUGCGCAACGCGGGAAUCAAGAUAUGGAUGCUAACAGGCGAUAAACUUGAGACAGCCACGUGCAUCGCCAAGAGCUCACACUUGGUGUCGAGAGCACAAGACAUUCACGUCUUCAGACCCGUAGCCAGUCGAGGAGAGGCCCAUUUGGAGCUGAAUGCCUUUCGAAGGAAGCAUGACUGUGCGCUGGUCAUAUCUGGGGACUCCCUGGAGGUGUGCCUGCGGUACUAUGAGCACGAACUUGUGGAGCUGGCCUGCCAGUGCCCAGCGGUAGUGUGCUGCCGCUGCUCGCCCACCCAGAAGGCUCACAUCGUGAAACUCCUGCAGCAGCACACGCGCAAGCGCACCUGCGCCAUUGGUGACGGUGGAAACGACGUGAGCAUGAUCCAGGCCGCAGACUGCGGGAUUGGGAUUGAGGGAAAGGAGGGGAAGGCAGCCUCGCUGGCAGCUGACUUCUCCAUCACGCAAUUCAAGCACAUUGGCCGGCUGCUCAUGGUGCACGGGCGGAGCAGCUACAAGAGGUCUGCGGCACUCGGCCAGUUCGUCAUGCACAGGGGCCUCAUCAUCUCCACCAUGCAGGCUGUGUUCUCCUCCGUCUGCUACUUCGCAUCCGUCCCCCUGUACCAGGGGUUCCUCAUGGUGGGGUACGCGACCAUCUACACCAUGUUUCCAGUGUUCUCACUGGUGCUGGACCAGGAUGUGAAACCAGACAUGGCCAUGCUGUACCCAGAGCUCUACAAGGACCUCACCAAGGGCCGGUCCUUGUCCUUUAAGACAUUCCUUGUCUGGGUGUUAAUCAGCAUUUACCAAGGUGGCAUUCUCAUGUACGGGGCGCUGGUGCUUUUUGAGUCGGAGUUUGUCCACGUCGUGGCCAUCUCAUUCACGGCCCUCAUCCUCACUGAGCUGCUGAUGGUGGCUCUGACUGUCCGCACGUGGCACUGGCUGAUGGUCGUGGCCGAGUUCCUCAGCCUCGGCUGCUACGUGGCCUCUCUGGCUUUUCUAAAUGAGUAUUUUGCUCUGCCAUCCCCAGCCAGGGGCCGUGAUGCUUCACGAGAGCUGACAGUGACUGAGACGCUGGAUGAGUGUCAGGCGGUGGCUAUCCCCAUGCUCUCCGGCCAGACUCGCCCUCAUCUUCACACUCUCAGACCUUGCCUUUAUCACAACCAUGACCUUCCUGUGGAAGGUGUCGGCCAUCACCGUGGUCAGCUGCCUCCCGCUCUACGUCCUCAAGUAUUUGAAGCGCAAGCUCUCCCCGCCCAGCUACUCCAAGCUGACCUCCUAGCACAAGCGCCUGUGGCACCCCGGGCUCCAUGGGUGCAGGUGCGGUGGCUACUGGGACAGGAGGACGAGCACGGAGCCCAAGGAGCUCCGCCCUCACGGGGGCGGCUGCAGGAGGCGCCUCCCAUGCCAGGCGGCACCCCGUUCCUUCCUUUUCAUAUCGGACUGGCUUCCGCUUCUGUGGCAAAUGAGCUCUAAUUAUUUCACUGUUACUGUAAAGCAGUCAUCUUACUCUGGUUUCUGAGAAUUAAAACGAAAGCUUAUUUAAUACUUA